AGACCCAUCUUGGUUCAAUGAAACAUGGCUCCUACGGAUUAAAGAUGACAGUGGUGACAAUUGGAGACUGAAGGUGAGCAACCUGAAAAAGAUCCUGCAAAGUGUGGUUGAAUACUCCCAGGAUGUGCUGGGCCACCAAGUCCCAGAGCAGCUGUUGCCUGAUGUAGCCUUGGUUGGAGAACUGUCGGAUUCGGCUGAGCUUGGGAAAUUACUACAGCUGAUACUAGGCUGUGCCAUCAGCUGUGAGAAGAAGCAAGAUUACAUCCAGCAAAUCAUGACCUUGGAAGAAUCGGUUCAGCAUGUUGUUAUGACAGCUAUUCAGGAGCUGUUGACCAAAGAUUCAUCAGACGCAUUAAGUUCAGAGACAUAUGGGAACUUCGACAGUCAGUCCCGAAAGUAUUACUUCCUCAGUGAUGACCUAGAGGAGACAGAUGACAUGCGCCAACAUUGUCAUGACUUGGAGCAUCAGGUGGGUUCCUUUUGGAGGCCAGGUAUAUUAUAG